AUGGAAGGGGAGGUCUCCUACGUAUUAGCAACGUCAACAAGCAGUGGCACAAGCAACGGUAAUUUCAUUAAUAAUGACCUCAAUGAUGCUCAUCUCGCCCAAUUCUAUUGGAGGUUAGAUUCUACCUGUUAUAUCUACAAAUACUCACAUGGAGGUGUCUCUAGGACAAAGUGUAUCCUUGGUGAGGUUGAUUUGAUAAGUAUCGCAGGACCCAUUGGUGUUUUCCUUAGGCCUACCCAAACUGAGCAUUUUAUGUGUCUUGUACUUUGUGUUUCUCAUUAG